AUGCUCCUGGUAUUGGGAAGCAGGCUUAACCAAAAUCUCUGGGAGCUGUCCUUGUAUUUUCUGUGUGAAGAGUCAUGUGUAAAUAUGUACUACAGGAAGUACCAAGUUCAGUCUGUCUCAAGGAGGGUACCUCAGAAAUCAGUGAUGUGAAGCAAGAUCCUUACUUUAAGAGAGAGAGCAGAAGGAGGAAGAGUGAUCGUAGAAGUUGAUGACAAAGUGGCAAAAGUCAGAAAUAUAAAGGUUGACAGUAGACUUGAUAGCAGUUGGGACUCGAGAGAAAAAACUGUGGCCUUCAGUUUUGACUACUGCUACUGGUCAGUUGAUCCUGAAGAUCCAAAGUAUGCAUCUCAGGAAAUGGUGUUCCAGGACCUUGGCACUUCUGUGUUGUCUGGUGCAUUUAGAGGAUACAACAUCUGCCUCUUGGCAUAUGGACAGACAGGUUCAGGAAAAACUUACACAAUGAUGGGUACACCUGCAUCCAUUGGGCUGACACCUCGUAUAUGUGAGGGCCUCUUUUCUAGGAAGGAUGAUUACUCAGACCAGAUGGCAUCAUGCAGGGUAAAGGUCAGUUUUCUUGAAAUCUAUAAUGAGCGUGUCCGAGACUUGUUAAAACAGUCAGACCGGAAGAAACCUUACACACUUCGAGUUCGAGAGCACCCUGAAACAGGACCAUAUGUCCAAGGUUUGACUCAGCAUUUAGUUACAGACUACAAGCAAGUUGUAAAACUUCUAGAAGAAGGAAUAGCUAAAAGAAUCACAGCAGCUACACAUAUUCACAAUGCCAGCAGCAGAUCCCAUGCUAUCUUCACCAUACACUACACUCAGGCUAUAUUAGAGAACAAUCUUCCGUCUGAAAUUGCAAGCAAGAUCAACUUAGUGGACCUUGCAGGCAGUGAAAGAGCUGAUCCCAGUUACUGUAAAGAUAGAAUUACCGAAGGUGCCAAUAUUAACAAGUCAUUAGUUACACUUGGAAUUGUCAUAUCCACUUUAGCACAAAAUUCUCAGAUGUUCAGCAGCUGCCAGAGCAUUAACACCCUCACAAGUGAAGGGGAGAGCAGCCAUGUGGACAGCCCUCCCUCCGGCGGCAGCAGCGGGACCAGGCGGCCGGCUUACAUCCCGUACCGUGACUCCAUCCUCACCUGGCUGCUGAAGGACAGUCUGGGGGGCAACUCCAAGACCAUCAUGAUUGCCACUAUCUCACCUGCCAGCUCCAGCUACAACGAGACCAUGAGUACCUUGAGAUAUGCUGCAAAUGCCAAAAAUAUUAUUAACAAGCCCAGAGUAAAUGAGGAUGCAAAUGUGAAACUGAUCAGAGAGCUGAGAGAAGAAAUUGAUAGGUUGAAAACUAUGCUGAUGAGCUUUGAAUUGAGAAAUUCCAGUCCCUCUUGGAGUGAUGACAGGGAUGGCAAUCUGACUGAGCUGGUCCUUCAGAAUGAAAUGAAGAUUGAGCAAUUGACCAAAGACUGGACAAGUAAGUGGACAGACAAGAAAGCCAUCAUGGAAGAAUACAGUGUGGACAUCAACAAAGAAAAAGCUGGAGUAACAAUAGAUUCUAAUUUACCUCAUCUAAUGGCCGUGGAUGAUGAUAUCCUCAGCACUGGAGUGGUGCUAUACCAUCUCAGGGAAGGAACAACCAAAAUUGGAAGAAGUGACUCAGACCAAGAUCAAGACAUUGUUUUGCAGGGGCAGUGGAUUGAAAGGAAUCACUGUUUGAUAGACAACCACUGCGGGAUUGUGACCCUGCGGCCGGUCCCAGGCGCGCGCUGCUCUGUCAACGGAUGUGAAGUGUCUGGGUCGUGUCGUCUGUCACAAGGGGCCCUUGUUGUCCUUGGCAAAUCUCAUAAGUUUAGAUUCAAUCACCCAGCAGAAGCUGCUAUCUUGAGACUAAGAAGAUCAAUUAAUGAAACCCCACCCACUAUGAGUUAUGGAGCUUUGGACUGGCUCAAUUUGGAUGGAAGUUGCAUCAAUUCUCCACAUUAUAUCCUUUCUUCUCUCUACAAUCAAAAAUGUAGAAACUGUGAAGAAAACAAAUGUUCUCUUGAACCAAGCAGAGAAAUAGAUGCUGUGCAUGAAGAGUACAAGCAGAAACUGAGAGACCAGGAAGCUUUCCACAGAAAACAAAUUCAACAACAGCAGCUCUAUGUUGAGGAUUUAAAGCAGCAGAUUCUGAGAGGACAGAUCAAAGCAGAGCGGGAACUGGAAAAUGACCAAGCACUCAUCAACCAGCAAAUCCAAGAAAACCAGCAGUGGCUUAUAAAUGAGAAUAAACGUCUGGCUGCUCUUCAGCAAGAGCAGAGGGAGUUUGCAGUGCAAACAGAGCCUACGCUGUGUGCAGAGGCUGAGGUGCAGAGCACCACUGGGCUGGAAACCUGCCUUUCCCUGCUACAGCAGAACAAGAAGAGACUGGUGCAGCUGGAGCUCUUGCAAAGGUACUCCUUAAAAAAGGCUGAAAGAAACAUAAGGCGGAAGAAGGUCAAGUUCCGUCUGGAAAGGAUAGUCAAGAAGCAGAAGCUGUUGGAAGCCAAGCAAAACCUGGAGCAGCUGGAAGCUAGCUGCUGGCUCAGUGAAGAGUGUGUGAAGCAAUCCCAAGCCCUAAGUGAUAAUAUUACUGUGCGGUCCUCUUUGGAUCGCCACUCGCAAGAGAGACGGAAAUUGUUGGGUUCGAGUUCCUUGCAGCACAGGCGUUUGUUCUGUGACUCGUACCUGCCCCAGGUACCCAGCUGUUUUUCGAAGAGAGAGUCUGUCUCCAAGUUAUCUACCUCACCAAAUAUUGAUCAAUACUGUAAAGGUAGUACAACAGAGAGGUUAUCACCUGUAGAAUACCUUUACAGAAGUGGUAAAGACAGUUCUGGGAGUGAUGACCCUAAUGAUGAAAAGGAGAUCUCCUUUUCAGUCCAGAGGCAGCUAACUGAAAAACAAAAAACAUCUUCAACUGAAAAUAAAAAAGGAGAAGAGAAAUACUCUAAUGAUUCAGCUAUCAUGGCUUAUAGCAUUAAAAAUCAUAAAAAAAUUGAAAAGUUGGAUGACAGCCCAGGGCAAGCUGGAUCUCAAAACCAGACCUCUAAAGGUUCCUCUCCUGGUCUUUUUAAGGAGAAAGGUGAGCCUAAAACCUUUAUUACAGGGAGAAGAAUGACAAAAUCAAAGGUGCUAGGAGAUUUAAGUCAGCCUGCCAGCAGCAAUGUAGCACAAACUAGAGCUCAGGUAUCCAAUAAAAAGAUUAGAAUGGAUAUCAAUGGAAAAGGCCACAGGCCUUCUCCAGAAAACUUUACUAAACAAAUGAAGAAAACAGUGUAUGGAAACCCACCAUCAGUGGAUCUAAACCAAACAGUCAAGAACUGGAGGAAAGAGGCCAACUCAGCCUUGCCAAGUCAUGAGAAAUCAUCAGCAGAAGAGAAAGAAUUUCUGAUGACAGCGACAUCAGUAGGAAAUCUCACGAAGAUGAACUCACAGACACCACUCUCUUAUGUUGAAAAAAGGUGGCACAGUGCUGAGAUGCUAAGUGCUGGAAUGCCCAAGACAGCCACAGAUAUGCUGGAGAACUGGCAAGAGGAUGAUGAAAAUGAGAUUUCUGAUACUGACAGUUCCUAUUCUGUAGAUUCGCUCUCCUGUGCUUAUGCAAAAGCUUUCCCAGAGAAACUGAAACGGGAAGAUUUUGACAGAAAUAAAUGUCUUGCCAACCCAGAAGAUUCUGAGAGUGAUGACAGUCAAAUGUCACAAGACUCUCUGAUAGAAAAGGAAAAUAAAGCCAAAAAGCAAAAUACAAGCCAAUUUCACAAGUUAAAGGCCCCUCAUGAGCCAGCUAAGCUUUACAAAAGCAGAACCGAGAACCAUAUUUCAUCUUUGGUGAAAUCAUAUGCAUCUCGUAGAAGACUGGGAAAGGCUGAAAGAAGCUUUUCUCUGGAUAGCUUAGCUGAUGGAGAAGAGAUGCCAGCAGAAGAUCUGGUUGAAGAAUCCAAAUCUGACUCAUCUGAUGAAAUGCCAGCAGAGAUUUUCUGGAAGUUACAAACUCCUAAAUCACCAUCUAUACAGACUGAGGAAGACCAUGAAUCCAAGACCUGCGGCAGACAUACAGAAGGGACAAAUUAUGAUCUGAAGCUGAGCAGUUCCUUUUAUUUGAACACCAAGCCACAGACUGCUUCCAGUGAUGCUUGCAAGCAGUUGCUGAAGGGAACAGAAAUCUCCUUUGUAGAACAAGAAAGGUCACCUGAAAAAAGACUGUAUUAUGCAAGUGGAAAUCCUUUGCUUACCAAUGGUGCCUGGUCUUCCUGUGACUCAAAGAUUGACAUCAGCAGCCCCAGAAUAACAGCAUCUUCUUCCCAUGAAAACUUGGAAUUUCAAGAUGCUCGUCCGUGCUCUUCAAGCAAACCAGAACUUUGGCUAAAGAAAGAUGAUUUAAAGCAGUCAGCUGCUGAGGUGUCUUUUGUUUCUGGCUCUAAGCAGAUUCACAGCAUUACUCACAGUCCACAUCAUGUAAUCCAAAUAAACCCAGUUUUCUCCUCUGGCACAUUGGAAGUACCUUUACCUGAAACAACAACUGCAAGCAGGACUUCUGAGAGCAGAUCAUUAAAUAAAAUUUUUAAGGGAUGGACAAACUCUAAUGAAAAUUCUUCCUUGGAAUCUCCAAAUGUAAAGUCCUCAUUUGCUAGCUCAGUAGGAUCAAGUUCCUCUUUUGUUCCUAUUUCAGCAGAGCAUGAUUAUUAUGAACAGUCAAGGUCACACCAUCCUGAACAAGAACCACUGGGUGAAUUCUCUACUUACAGGUCUGCUACCAAAUGUGCACAAACAUUCAACUGUAUGGAAAGCACCUCCAGUGCAGACUGCUUGUCACUGGUAUCUAAGAAAGAGAACUCUGUCACCACAACUCAUCCAGAGUUGCCAAAAGAUCACACUCUGAAAAAGCCACCUUUUAUCUCUGUGUUGCCUGUGCAAAUUGUGGAGCAAAGGAAUGGCUGUGUAGAUGCAGAUUUAGAAGAUGACUUAUUCCAAACUUUUUCAAAAGAUGAGUUUGACAAUGACUACAAUAAUUUGAUAAUAAAAUCAAGUGUGACAGAUUCAGGCAGUGGAAAUGCAUCUGUCAGCGAACCUGCUGCUGAGUGUUCUAUGGGACUUGCUCAUAAUAUGAUCUCAACACAGACAUCUGCAGUAAAACACAUCCAAUUUGGGAACUGUGGGCAGAUUUUUCCAGUACAAAAAAUACCAACAUGUUGUGAUGAAGGUUUCUUCCUCAGUGACUUAACAAACAAGAGCUGCCCUCUGGUGAGCAGUUACAAGCUUCAGAUGCUGGCUGGGCAAGGAGCAGAGUCAGCUGAUAGAGAAGAACCUGCCAGGUCUGGGGAGAGUAACCUGGAAACAAUGCAAGAAACAGAUCAUGAGCAAAUACCUGCAGAAGUAACAGCAGAGACAGAUUUUUCCUCACAAAAGACAACAUAUCAGUGUCACCCUCUAGUUGUUGCUGCCAGUGCAAGCUAUGACCAGUCUGCAACACCAAUAGAGAUGUCUCAGAAAGAGAGAAUCUGUAUGGAAAAAAGCACAGAUAGUUUGGCAGACAUUGUGCCAGAAGUGCCUUUGCUCAGAGAUCAUGAAGAAUACAUAUCAAAGGGUGAAGACCUGUCUUCACUAAAUCAUUAUGAAUUCAAACACAAACCUGAUUCAAAGGAUUAUUCCCCUGAAUGUGCUCUAGCAGACAGUCGGGCGAGUUGCUUAUCCCAGCAAAUUUCAGAAAAUUCUACAUUAUGUGCUGAUAACAUAAGAGAAGAAAACAGUGAAAGCAAAGAACACAAUGUAUUGAAUUCUCAGGCUGUAGUUCAGAAAGAAUUUUCAUCCAAAUAUGAAAACCUAGCCGUAAAUGAAGUAAGUUAUUUCUUACUGAAUGUAAAUGGGAAAAACACCAAGUCCUUUCCUGCUGCAAUUUGUGAGAAUACAAAUGAUUUUCUCCCAGAAUCUAAUUCAAGCCUAUUUUACAAAGUUUCAACAAAAGCUAAUUUUUUUCAAAGUGCAUGUGAGACCGAAAAUUAUGAUAAACUAUUGGAGCAUGUCACAAUAGUGAAAGGAGAUUGUGAUGCUACAUCUAAUCUUACUGUGGAAGUCAGUGUCACAAAAAGUUGUUCUGAUGUACAUUCUGGCUGCCUCUGCCCAACAUGCUCUUCAAAAUCAACAGGACAGAAAAACACUACACACAAGACAACUGACAUUUCUGCAGAAUUUGAUGCCUCUGUUCUCUUGGAAACAGAAACACAGAACAAAUCUUUACUUGAAUCUAGAGAAGAGGAAGAAGCAUUUUUUGAAAGUGAUUGCCCAGUGGACUUUCAUGCUGAAUAUGAUGCAAAUUCAGAGUUGGGAAGGGUAUCUGAAUGUAACACAAAUGCAUCAGCUGCCAUUUCUCAAGAGGAGAGUUCAUAUAGAAAUAAAGAAUCCAUGACUCCUUAUCAGAAUGCAGGGACAGCCACAGAUAAGGAAAUAACAAAAUCAAUCAAUAAUGCAAGCAACUUAGAAAAAAGUGCAUUGGAAAUUAAAUCCAGACACACUGAAAGUUUACCUGACAGAAUAGUAGCCAAAGUCCAAAGUAUAACUGAAGACAGUAAAAAGGAUUUUAAAGACAUUGGUCUAACUCAGAAUCCAAAGAAACCUACUGAUACCGCAGCUUGUGAAGUUCACUGUGAGUUCAAUACAAACCUGUGCCUAACACAUGAAGAACUGCACAAAGAUGAACUGCAGGAAGCUGGCACAGGAGCAGAACAUACUCAGGAACCAAAAGCACUUGUACAUUCUGGCAGCCAACUUGAAACAAGCAGCUUUUGCCAAAAAGAAAUAAGUGAGAAAAUAGAAAUAGGUAUUUAUUCAACAGAGCUUUCUGUUGCUCCCAAAACCACUUCUUCAGCUGUGUGUUCCCACACAACAGAUAUUAUUCAGAAUGCUUUGGGAUUCCUUGAUACUCGCAAAGGGCUUUUACAGAUGAAUGGAACAUCAGAGAAUGUAGCUGAAACAGUAUUAAUCCCGAGGAAGCAAGAAAAUAUUUCAGCAAAACUUGAAAAUGAAGGACAAAUAAAUUCUAACAAUAUAAUUGAGCAUUGUGUAUCAGACUGUUUGCCCCAGGAAGACAAGGUUAACAAAUGUGAAGUGACUGGGAGUGAAGAACAAAUUAUCAUGACAAACACUGAGGAGCUGAUUAUUAUGAAGCAAGAAGAUAUAUUCACAGAUGAAAAUGUUUAUUUCAAUGAACAGUCUCCAGCUCUGCAUCAAAUGUAUUGUGACAGAGGGGACAAAGAAGAAAUUUUAGAUCAAUUUAAGAUCCCUGAAAGGUACCUGAUGGCUUCUGAAGUAGAACCAAAUAUACUGUUAGAGGAUGAUUCAAGAUACCAUGACCCUACUGAAAUGAGUGAGGAUGGUGACUCAGUGGACACUGCUACAGCGAUAGGAAAUGUAGUUGAUGCAUGUGAAUAUUCAGUUGAAGAUACUGCUGAUAUUGACCAAUACAAAACUGAACAAAAAUUUACCAGUCUCGACAGACAUACGUGUAUGACUUGCUCUGUACAAUCUCCUGAGCAUUGCACUUCAGAAAACUUGAAUGUAGGUAUUGUUAGAAAAAGUUUUGACAUUUGUGAAUUGGAUCAAGUAGGCUCCAGAGCUGAGGAAGAGACGGCGCAAUUGAUGAAGCUAGUAGAAAUUACCAAAGCAGACAAACAAAAGCAGAUAUGUGUAGAAAGCACGGAGGAGAUAGAACUGAUCUUUUUACAAAACCUGGAUGAACUCUUCCCUGAAAACAAAGGCAGCUACCAAAUGACAGGUGAUGACAGCAGAUUAAAUGAAAUAUUAAGAGAAAGCCAGUGGGUGUCUACCAGCUUUUCUGGAAAUAAUGAAGACAUUAACAAGCAACAAAAUCCACCAGCAUCACAGAAAUGUACAGAAAAAACCCAAGAACUUCAAGACUCCCCAUGCCAGUCUGUAAAUCAGCCUUUAUUAUAUCUUGGAGGAAGUGAUGGUUCCCAUCUUGUUCAAGAUGUUCCCACUGCACUGAGAGGAUGUACAAAACCAUCUAACAGCAGUCUUGGAACUGGACCUGUUCUGCCUUACUACAAAACGUUAAUGGAGAGUGAGAUCGGUGUUGGUACAUCUGUUACAGCCAAGAAAAUGGGAGAAGACAAACAUCUUUCAGGUAAAAUAUCAAGUGAGAGUGUAGCUCUUCUGCAAACCAGGACCAUGCAGCAGAGGCAGGAGGAAGAAUCCUUUGUAUUUAAAAAUGGACCUGAUUAUGCCAUAUCUGCACAACCUGCCACUGAGAACUGCUCUUUCACUCCCUACAGUGCAGGUGGUCUUGAGUCUGGAGCUGUUGUACUUCAGCAAAGGGCCAAAGGAAGCUCAUUUUUCUUGGAAAAAUUAGAUUCUUCUGAAGAUAUAGUACAGGAUAUUAAUAAUGUUUAUGAAGAACACAGUAUGGAUUUAAUGGUUAAUGAAUUAUUAAAAGACUGUCUUAAUUCCAUAGAAGAUACAGCUCAAGAUGUAAAGGAUACCAUUGUGCCUGAUUCACUAGUGUUGGAUACUUCAAACCUGCUGUCUUCCUCAGAGAAAGAAGUGAUGGAAGAUACAGGGGUGGGAAAAACCCAUUCUUUACUAGAAAGCACUACCCAAAAAAUAUUUCAGAAUAUUAAUACGACUCAGAAAGUACCUCACUUGGGGGGUUCAUCACUGCAUGAUGAGAAGACAUUUUUAAGUUCAAGCUAUCCUACAGCAAACAGUGAAUAUGAAAAUGCCGAGUUUCCUGGUGUAGCUGGAUAUCAGCAUGAGCCCACAGAAAACCAGGAACAUGAAGCUUCUGAAGAGUGCUGUGUAGAGCAAUCAGGCAACGCUGCUCCUGAGAAGGCCCUCUCUCUUUCAGAAGGCCUGAAGAAAUCUCCGAAGGAAAAUCCACAUUAUAGUAAAGACUUUCUAAAUUAUAAUAGGAACUUGGGCACUUCUGAAUAUUCUCCUGGUCUUCUGAAUUGUCCAGCUUCAUCUGCAGAUAGUUUAAUUGUCAGCAGUGGAGACAAAGGUAAAAAUGAUACUGUUCUCUCUGAAGAAACAAAGUACUUUGAAAGUGAAUCAACAGAUUUGAGUGUAUCUGUAACUUUUCCUGGUGUUUCUCAAAAAGGAGACAAAAAGGAAAAUAAUUCUGCAGUUGCAGAGACCACAUAUGGUCAGAGUAAUAAACUCCCUGAAAAAGUUGUGGGAACAGAGCAAAAGGAGAAAUUUGUUCAAGGUUAUUUCCAGAAUUGUGGUGACAUAAAAGAAGAUAAAAUUCAUGAGUUCUCAGAACACUGCAGUAACACUAAUAGUGUGACUGUACCAGAAUCGGGUCUGCUCACUUUCCAGAGCCAAGGACAGACUGGCUGUAAUGAAUCAAAGUCCCUUCCAUCACACUCUGCAGAGGACACUUCACCUAAGACACCAUUUCAAAGCUCCAAGAACUUCAGUGCUUUUAGCACAUCUUUACUUGGGAACUCAAAAUCUCUAGUAUUUAGUCAGCUUGAGGACUCACUUCAGGACAGUUGUUUGACUGAGAAAGUGUCCUGCAAUUCUGCAGAUGUGUACUCUGUAAAAGAAGGAGAUUUUCUCCAAUCAUUAGCAAGAGUCAAUUACCCAGCCUUAACAGCAUUUUCAGAAUUUCCUUCAACUGCAGAUAUAGGCCAUGGUGAAACUAGCACAUGUGAUACUUCACAUUCAAAUAUAUUGAAACAGCCUCCGUUUGCUGUUUUGCAAAUACAAGACACUCAGUCUGAUAAAGCCGUGGUAUUUGAUGAGCCAAUAUAUGCUUCAGGAAGUAUUUUACUUUCUCUUGCAAAAGAAAACAGGCAUUUUCCAGUCUCAGACAUAGACUCUACUUCAUAUAAAAAUUCUGCUGUAGAUGGGGAACCUGCAUAUGGAAAUAAUAGUAAAAAACCUGACAGUGAUACAGAAAUUGAUCAGCAUCAUUGGAAUGAAGUUCCACCACAAGAAGCUUGCAACAAACACAUAGAGAAAAUAACAAAUGAUAGUUCUCUUUUACUACCAUCAUUACCAAAUUGGGAUGGUAAUUGCCCUAGAAGGGCAGUUCUUAUUAAAGAGGGACAAAUGAGAAAUACACUUAACAGAAGUAAGGAAGAACUGCAUGCAAAUAUUGAGGCUGAACAUUUUGCAGUAAAGACAGAACAGAGAAAAACGUUAAGUAGAGAACCUGCUGAAAAGCAAACUAAUCUAUCCUCAAAUUCUCCAAAUGAAUUAACAGGCUCAGAAGUUACAAUGUUGGAAAAUCUGUAUCCAAGAGAUGUUCAAGUGGAUCCUGAAUACACCUGCAAUUCAUUUGGUCAAGCAUGUCCCACAUACAGAAGCCCUGAUCCCAGGCAACCAUAUCACACUGUCUUGGGUUUUGAAAGAAACCCUGCAGAUCUGCAAGAUAACUGUCAGUAUGUGCCUGCAGGUGCACGGAUAGAACAGGGGCCAGAUAGAACAAAUACAGAUGGUGGAAAAGAGAUUUUACUUUGCAAAAAUAAUAUAUGUUCGAGCAUUGAUAGUGCUGAUGCCGAGGCAAACACUUGUUCAACAAUGGGAGACACUACAAUGAGGAAUAAUACCCUGAAAUCAGAAAGACUCAAUUUUUCUGUAAAAACUAAUGAAACAACCUCCAUAAAGUUUUUGCCAGAAAACCAUGAUUUAACUCUUCAAGAAUCCAAAUUGGUGCAAUUCAGGAGCAAAAAAUCAUAUUCUACCACACGGAGUACAAAGGGCUGUAAACAAAGUGAAAUGAGACCUUAUUUACGAAGUCACAGAGUAUCAGCUCCAGCUAUUGCUGUUUUCUCUGAUACAGAAUAUACUUUGGAAGCUUCAUCUAAGGCAGAUCCUUUGUUAUAUUCUGCAUCUAAAUCACUGCAAGAUUUGAAUAUGAGUGUAGAGCCUCCAUCACCAACUGAAGAUGAUCUUUGUGAAAUUGAAAGAUUUUCAAAGAAAGAAUUGAAAAACUUUCUACAAGUUAAAUCUAAACCCAGAUUUCAGCAAAAAAUUGCACAAACUAAGAAACUUGCAAACUGCAAUUCCAAAAACUUACAAAAUUUAGCAGCAAGAAGCCAAAGUAGCCAGUCUUUGAAAGACUGUACUAGUCAAUCUCCAUCAUCCUUACUGCCCACAGCUUGCAGUUCUGUGUGUGCAGAAGCAAAUGUCCAUUCAAAGAGCAAUUCUGUAGCUCAGUGUAGUGAAGGGGAAGGAGAAGAAACUGGAUACCAGCCAGAAACUGAUUCAUUUUUGCAAGAUAAUAAAGAUGCGAUGCAUUUUAGAUCAAGUGAUAUCAACCCAUACAUUCACCCAUGGCAACCAGAUGGAGCCUGCAAGAUUGGCUGGAAACAGUAUGCUUUUGGAAGUGCAAGUGAUGUCUCUUGCAAUCAAAUUCCUUUGAAUAGGGAAAAUCGUAAAGUUAUGAGAUGUUCCAGUGUAGACAAUGGAUUGAACUCUCAAAAUUCUCCUUUUCGUUCUCAUCUAAGUUCAUAUGCUACAGCAAAAGUUUUGUCAAGCACUUUGAGUAGCAUUGAAGGUCUUCAAGAAUGGGACAGUGUCAGACAAGAAUUUCAAUCAGCAUACUCGAGUGACAGUACCAAACAGUACAGCAACAUAUCCGGUGAAACAUUGGAGACUAACUCAGAAAACAACACUGCUGAACUUGAGAAUCCUUCCACACAACCUGGUAACUCUUCAAUACAGGUUGAUGAAAUUGUACUAUUGUAUCCUUCAGAGUCUGAAAAACCUUCCAAAAAACCACCAGGGAUUACAUGUGAGCAAGGAACACAAACAGCAACUACAGGAAGGUAUAAAAGGCAGAGAAGACAUCAGAGAAGCUAUACAGAUAUUUCUGCAAAAAAGGAGGAAACAAACAGAGAUUUAUUUCAUCAACCUUCUUCUUGGACAAGCAUGCAAAACCUGUCCAUGCAUCUUUCACAGCUUCUUCAGAACACUUCUGAGCUGCUGGGAAACCUUUCCCAACAGACUAUUAUAGACAGUGAGCAGAAUGCCAAAAUCAACCAAAAAAGAACUGAAGGUGCUGUAAAGGCUAUUAAGUCAGAUAGCUGUACCCAGACUACAGCAGAUGUAGGCACUCAGACUGAGAUUUUGGAAAAACCUCAAAGCAAACAUGAAGAAAAACUACUAGAGGCAAAAAUGGAAAAAGAAUUGAGGGCAGCUCAGGCAGUAAAUGUUGAUUGGAAAGAAAUUGGUGCAGAUACAGUGGGAGAGAUUGCCAAAAGGAAAGAGGAAACACCCACUCUUGAAGAAAGAACACAUGAACAAACAGGGAUGAAAAACUUGGGCAAUUCUGACUUCCAUGACAGUCUUGACAGCAUUUUGGAAGACUCCUUUAUGCAUCUGCCUUGUUUACCCAAAACUUCCACCCCUAUCUUACAUUUUCAAAAAACAUCACUAAAUGCACAGCAGAAUGUUGCUUUUGCUAGUACCAGAGUUUCACCUCUCACACCAUCUUUGCCAAGUUCAGGGCAAGAUGGUUCUUCAUGCACUGUAGUUAGCAGCCCUACUAAUAGUACCUCUCAAUCUCCAACGUUUUACACUCAGGAUAAAAGAAGUGUCAAUGAAACAGAGACUCCAGCUGAAAGAAAAUUUUGGUACAAAAAUACCCUACUGGUCGAUAGGGCCUCUUCCCCUAUUCUUACUCUUAGCGCUAGUCCCAGCAGCCAGACUGCUCUUGGCAAGUCUGUCUGCUCUACUAAGGAACCUCUUGGAUAUUCCAGUGUUGCUUCAAGUCCCCUUCACACCAAGAGAAAGCUGAGGGCAGGUCCACAGUUCAGCAUGCAACAUUAUGUGGACAAUUUUUCACAGACAGAAACAGACAGUGAAUCAAGCACCUCUAGAGAACACAAAAGCAUAAGAAAGAAAUCUGGCACUUUCUCAGAUAAGAAAGCAGCCAAAGAACUUUUAGGACAGGAUGGUUCAAAAGACUUGGAAAAACAGCAUAGAGUCAGGGUUGACACCCACACUACCAUUUGUGCGGAGCAGCUGUAUCACUCCAGCAGUAUGUUGGAGGUGUCAGGCCACAGUGAAGUUGUAACAGGUGAUGUCAGAGACCAGGGUUCAGUGGCACAUUCCCUUCAUUGUAUGUAUGUUACAAGGGGUGGAAGAGGUUCUUCAGGUGGAAUCAGGCACGAAAAGUACUCUGGGAAUUCUGAUACUGCUUUGAUUCAUAACUACUCUUCUCCAGAUGCUGACUUACUUUUUAAUCAAAAAAUUAGUGCCACUUGUUCAAGUAAGAUAAAUGCUGCCACAUCCUCAGAACCUCUGGUAGAAGCAUCUUCUGUACAAUUUCAUGAUUUCUUCUGGAAGAAUGAGGACAGCUGCCCUCCCCCCUUCUCUGAUGUGAGUGACGUGCAGACUUCCUUCCGAGAUGACAGUACAGAUUCUGUCACUGGAAGCGAGUGUGACACUGAAAUCCCUCUCAGCAAGAGCUCUACUUUUGCAAAGCCAUACAGGCCUCGGAGCUACAGUCUCCGUGACUUACCCAUACACAAUAAAUUCAGCAACUGGUGUGGUGUUAAGAGCAGCCCUCCUCCUUUGUUACUCGGCUUGAGCGGCAGCGUGGCCGACUUAAGAGGUCAGGCGGAAAAGAAGCCUAGAAGCACACGAUCAACAGAAGUGGAAGGGAAUCACCAGUCUUGUGACAGCAGGAGCAGAGAGAUCAAGAGACUUCAGAGAGAGCGUGCCCAGAUCAUGUCUAGCAUUCACCUGGAUCUGCAUCAGCAUCCCCUCACAGUGGAACUGACUGAAGCAAAGCUCAAUUAUGGCAUUGGGGAAACAGAUGCCCUGCUGAGGGUCCUUCAGAGAGGAGCUGCAGAUGAGCCAGGGGCAAUUCCAGUGAAGCAGCAACUUUAUGAAAGACACAUGAGAACUAUUGAAGCUCUGAGGAAGGAAAGAGUAAAAAGGCUACAAAGGUACCAAAGAAGCCGAAGCCUGAGCCCCCAAAAGCAUUUGAGUCUGUCCCAGACUCUGGAUACAAGUCAGAGGGAUCUAGACCUGCCCAGCAGACGCCGAGAAUAUCUGCAACAGCUGAGAAGAGAUGUGGUGGAAAACACCAGAGCUCAAGAACCAAAAAGGAGAAGUGUUCAGCACCCUUCAGACAUUGAACUGUUGCUCCGAGACUAUCAGAGGGCACGAGAGGAAACCAAAACUGAAAUUGCAAGAGCUAGGGACAAACUUAGGGAGAGAGCAGAGCAAGAAAAAAGGCGGAUACGGGAACAAAUAUUUUCUCAGUUACAGAAGGAAGAAGCAAGACUGAAGACUCUUGCAAGUACAAGCACUUUAUGUACAGACUCCAGCCUCAGCCUCUCCUCUGGCCCAACAUCUGGUUACAACAGCAGUAAUACUGCCACAUACACUGCAAGUAACUUCAGCAGCCAGGAAGGGCAGGUUUCUUCUGGAAAUACUUGGGUUUCAAGAGAUACACGAGGUCGCUCGGCUGUUAGAAAUAGUCAGCUUUAUACAUUAGAGCAAUUGCAUAAGGAUUCAACUUUUGAAGCCAGCAGAAUUCAGCCACCUCUUCCUUCAAGUGGCACCAGCUGUAGGUUCACUCAUGGAUUAACUAUUUCUGUCAACUCCUCUUCAACAAAAGGAUACCAAGAUUUAUCCAAACACAUCUUGGCUAAUGCUACCACUGAGGUAAUGGCAGCAUGUUCUCACAACCUGAGGAACCUCUACACAUGCCAAGCAGCAGCUGGGUGGAAAUAUCAGUGUACAGAAAAAGAGGUGCAGGUGUACUACAAAGUCUUCCCUUCAGCAACAAGGCAUGGAUUUCUGGGAGCAGGAGUGAUAGAAAGACCUCUUCCCUAUGUGUGGGGACUGGUGAGAGAUCCUGGCAAAAGGCACCUCUAUGACAGCUCUAUCAAUACAGCUCGAAUACACAAGAAGGUAACCAGCCACAUUCACCUGGUAUAUUUAGUGACUGAUACCUCCCUAUGUUACCUAAAGCAGCCCCGGGAUUUCUGCUGCAUUACUGUAGAAGCCAAAGAGGAGAACUUGUCUGUCCUGGCUAUUCAGUCUGUCUAUGAUGCAUCCAUGCCUCAGCCUUGUAAAGAAGCAGUGAGAGGGGAGAUUUUGCCAAGUGCUUGGAUACUGGAACCUGACAUAGUGAAUGGAAGAGAGAUCACCAGAGUUAUUUACAUGGCACAGGUGGACCUUGCUGCCCCGGCCAUCCCCGCCAGGCUCCUGAGCUCCAUGGCAAAGCAGCAGCCCCUGGUGAUUGCUCAGCUGGCUCACCUGCUCAAUGCUUAGUGCUGCAGCACCACCGGACACUGAAGAGCCCCUGACAGCUCAGAGGGUCACACAGGUGUUGGAAAGUGCCAUGGAAAAUACUGUCUCCUGAAGCAGCCACCAUCAAGCCUCACUUCAGGAGCCUGGCUGCUACUGCUGGACUAUAUGGAAGUGCAGUUGGAGAACAGGAUCAUUUGUUUUAGCCAACACUGCUCAUAAGAAACGCAGCAAGUUUAGUGGGGAACCUCUCCUCCUAGAAACAGCAGUGGAAAACUUCCAUGCACGAGAAGAAACGUAUUCUGCUCUAUAAAGAGCAGAGGAAGAGACCUUGCUUUACAAUAGCCAGAAUCAUAGAGCAUAUUACUUAGCUCCUGUUUCCAAGCAACUUCAGAGAUAACUUCUUUCUGUAAGUAAGUUUAGGCUGGAAGCAGUAUCUGUAUGGCUUGAGACCUUUCACAAGCUCUUGAGCACAGCUGCAAGGCCACUUUCUAAUGAUGAGAUAAGUACCAAAUGCAGAAUUCCUGACUGUGUAGAUAAAUCAUUUAUCUUAGCUGGCUGCCUGUUCCCUUCCCCUUGAAGAGGGAAGUCAAAGCAGUGCAAUAUUCACUAGUCAUCCUACACCCUGGAUAGAUUUUUUUCAUGUAUUUGCUGACUGCUUGCAGCCAGUGUAAGGUGUUUCAGAUUGCCACUACACUAUGCAGCAUCAGUGGACACCACCAUACCUCAGGACACAGUUUUACUGUACUGCAGAAUCAGGUGCUUUGAAAUAAAGAAACCAAACUGUUCUACACAGUGACACUAUCAUGGAUAGGUUAGUACUCAGUAAUCAGCUUGUUCCUAGAAUUUAAGUCCUGCAAGUAAGAGUAGCUCCAAUAUUUUUUCAUAAUGGCUUUUCCCAUCAGCCCUUCUACCGUUGCACCCAAAUGGAUUAGGAGCUGAAAAUAUAGCCUGGUCAUAGUCUUACCACAUUUCUUUGUUCAUAAAGUGACCAGCUGUCUCACUGCAGCAAAUGCAGACUCUUCCCAUUCAGUUACCUCAUGGGACUUCUGUAGCACUUAGUUCAACAAUCCUGCUGUCAGGCUUUACACAUUUGUUCAACACAAUCCCUAGCUGGUUCACAUAUUUCUAAAUUUAAACAAAAUUACAACCACCUCAAGUAUCCAAAUAACUUCAUUUAAUUCUUCAGCACAACAGUACAGAAUCACUUUAGAUAUAUCUAAGCAAUAAAAGCUGCUAUGUUAUGCUUUCAUUAGCUCAAAAAAAGCCCACAUUGUUCAAGAAGAUCUUGCACUUUGAAUUUGUCAAGUGGGAAAUGUGUACUUAAGCAUCCACUCUACUGCAGCCAGUGCCUGCUGCUUUAACACAGUUGCUUUCAAUACAAGGUCAGUUUUCCCAGCAUAUGGUGAAGUUAGCUGCACUUCCCAACUUUGAGUCAAGAGCCAAGAUCUACUUUUACUCUAUUUUUGCACAGGUGCAAUUUUGGGUCUCAGCUUCUAUGUUACUUCCUGUUACUAAUAUAGUGAGUUUUAAAUGAAAAGACAAUAGCUGUUUUAAAUUGAUAUGUAAGAAAAUAGCAGUUUUGAUACAUACCCAUCCAAGGCUUCCUCCUCUAACUAGAUCAGGGAGGGUAACAAAACCUUUCACUUACAAAUUUGCUUUGUUUCAUCUUUAGAUAGUCAUGGCUACAAUCUUAACACCAAUAUAUUAGUGUUCUUUUUUUUUUGGUGAGGUGCAGCCUUUUGCUAAAAGCCUGAGUCACAGCAUGGUUCACUUUGAGCAUCACAUGUCUUACACAGCCCCUCAAGGAAGAAUGGGUAACCUGUCCAUUUUCUGCAACUGAGCAAAAUGACAAAUUUCUAGAUUUGUAAAAUAUCAACGCCCUCUCCUCAGUGGAAACCCAGAAGGAAGAGCAGACAAGGCAGCACAGUAAAGCCCCAGGAAAAAUGAGCAGAACCAGCAGCACAGGAUAUUGGCUCUGUGCCCAGUGCUGCUUCUGUAGCUUUCCAGAGGAGGUAGGGGAGGUCCUUAUACAACCCACUACAGAUUUGCUCAGUGCUUUGCUUUUUUUCCCUUUUAUUUUGGACAUGGCACUAGUGAUAAAGCAGUUUUUGUAGGAAAAACAUCUUGGGGGACUCCUGUUGAUCAAUGAUGCCAGUGCCUAUGAAGGAUAGUGUCUUAUUGUACAGUGCAUCAGAUGUUUAUUUUUAUAUAUACUUAAUUUUUUUUUCUACGUUUACAAAUUAAGUUAUUUAUAUAUGCUUGGUUUGAAGUGUUUUUAUAUGCUAUAAAAGCUAAGUUUUAUUUUUAUCAGUAUUGAAUUAAUGUAACUUUUUUUUAAUACAGUCUUCAAAUGAUACUAAAAAGCCUA